AUGAUUUCUUCCGAUACUCAUCAACGGAAUGGCGGUUUCCCAAGAAGCGAACGAAGAACACGCUGGGGCUCAGAAACCCCGACUGCAGAACUCAAUGGUCUCAAGACUGCCAUUACCACAGCCAUGACACCCGAACAGCUCGAUGCCUACAUCCUCCACUUCCGAAUCGAGGAGAUCGGCCGAGAGGCCCGUUCUGCUGACCUCACACAGCGAACUGACUCAUCAAGAUCGCCAUCGCCGCCACCGGUGUACGACUCGUCGGGCCGCCGCAUAAACACCCGCCAGCAACGCUACCGCCGACGACUGGAGGACGAACGCCAAGCGCUGGUUGGUUUCGCCAUCAACACCAUCCCGCGCUACGAAGCCUCUCGCAACUUCCGUGGUUUUCAGCGCCAGUUAGUCACUGAGAAGGUCUACAUCCCGGUAAAAGACUUUCCCCACGUCAACUUCAUCGGCCAGAUUCUCGGACCACGCGGCCGGAGCCUCACCGACAUGAACAACCAGUCCGGCGCCAACAUCGCCAUCCGAGGCAAAGGCUCAGUCAAGGAAGGCAGAGCAACCCAUUCGCGUACCCACAGGAAAGCUAGUAUUGAAACUACUGACGACCAACAGGAACCGCUCCAUUGUCUUAUCAGAGCUGAGACACAGGAGAAAGUGAACCACGCCAAGAAGCUCGUCAACGAGGUCAUCGAGGCUGCCGCCUCCGCCCCUGAGGACCAGAACCAGCGGAAGCGAGACCAGCUUCGCCAGUUGGCUGUCAUAAAUGGGACAUUCCGCAACGACGAGCACCAGGUCUGCGAUAACUGUGGCCAAACUGGUCACCGGCAUUACUUCUGCACGAUACCUGCAAGGUUCGUAGCCGGUGUCACUUGUUACUCUUGCAAGAACGCCGGGCACAUUGCUCGUGAUUGUCCACAAAAGGGCACAGGGUCAGGAAAAGUGCCUCCAUGGAGGAAGGACAGGAUGGCUCGGCAGCCAGAGGCCACCGGUCACGAUGUUGAAUUCGAACAGCUCAUGUUAGAGAUUGGCAAAUAG